GUAUUUUUCGCGCUGAUCCGACGCGCUGUUUGAGUUUCCUCCGAGCUUUUACACUCUCCCUGAAUGAAACCCUUCGCUUUGCGGGAUGAAUGCCUUAAUUUUAUUCGUAUAACAACCGCGGGGAGACUGAGCAGCUCAGUGUGUGGAGGGACUUUAGUGGGAUGGACAGCAUAGGGAGCUCCUUGCCUUCGAUGCCCAAACCUGCAAACCCAAUCAGUAUGAAGCAGCUGCCUGAGGCCCUGAGUGUCCACAAGGGCUGUGUGGACAUGACCUCUGAUCCUGCUCUGCUAAUGGACAAGGCUGCUGCGCAGUUAGCCGCUACGCUACAAGACAACAUGCUCCAGAAGAUGUCCAGCCAACACCACGAGCACCUCAAGGACCUGACCUCUCUGGUGCUGAACGGAGACCACCAGGACGCACUGCCAAAACUCUGUACCCCUGAAGUCCCCAUCUUCAAACCAGCCGACGCCCCAACAACUAACGGCAUCCAUCAGCACAACUGUCCCGCUCACUCUGAGCCCGAGUUAAAAGUUUCUGUGCCACAAGUGGUGCCCCAGCCGCAAGUGGAGCCAUGCACCACCAACGGGAUGAGUCUGGUUACCUCCACAGACGGCGCUAUAACAGAAACUGAUCAACGGGAGGAGGGAAAAAAGAGGAGAGGAAGGCCGCUCAAGCUAAAACUAGAGCUGAACCACAGUCCUUCUUCUGUCCCUCCAGAGAUAAAUGGACACUCGGAGUCUCCUGAGGAAACUGCAGAAACAAAUGAGUUCAAUCAACCAUUAGAGCCAUCAGCCCAUCAUACAGUGGAAGCUCCUCCCACAGAGCGUUUCUGUCCCGGAGAUCUGGUUUGGACCAAGGUUUCAGGGUACCCCUGGUGGCCCUGCAUUGUGACCACAGACCCAGAGCAUAACAGCCACCUCAGACAAAAAGUAAAAGUAAAUAACCCCAAGCCAGGCCUUCUGUACCAUGUGCAGUACUUUGGGGAUGCCCCUGAGCGAGGCUACAUCUUUGAGAAGAACCUGGUGCCCUUCAUUGGAGAAGAGCAGUACCAGGAGCUCAGCACAGGAAAUCGACCGCUAGCCUCCCGCCCCACUCACAAGAAGGUUGCGUCGGUUCCUCGUAAGUUCCAGGCUCAGUGGAGGGUGGGCAUCUCUCAGGCCAAAGAGUCUCUGAGCCUGACCCUAGAUCAGCGACUCACAAAUUUCUCCUUCAUCUACGAUGAAGACGGACCACAGCUCAACCCUCAUGUUUUGGAGAAGUUGGAUUUGGAGCUCAAUAAACAACUGGACCAAGAAACGCAAUCAAGACUUAGUCCAGUUCUGGAUCCAACUUCAGGAGGAGAUGCAGGCACAACAUCAGAGGGCACUGCAAAGGGGAAAAAGACCAAAGUCAAAACGGUCCAGUGGAAGCUCAAAGACAAACUCAACAACAUCAAGAAAAGUAAAAACAAAAUAUUGAAAAAUAUUUCUUCUGAACAAAUUCCAGAAUCAGAUACACAGGAUACUACCCCAUCUACAACAAAUCUGUCAACACAAACAUCAGAACCAGCCAACAAAAAGAUCCCCAAAAUGUGUCAAUCCAAGACGUUGAAAGGAAAGAAAAAGAUGUCUAUUGACAGUUUUUCUGAGCCCAAGAAAAAAAUCAAAACAAAGAAAGUUCCCUCAACAGAUCAUGCUUCAGACCCAGCUACGGCAACAGUUUCACUUCCAGGUAAAAAAGUGAAGAAAUUUGGCAAGAAAAAGGCUGAAGACCAGAAGACAGAUUCUCAAAUUAAAAAGGAGAGGAAGAAGUAUGUAAAAAGGUCUAUAUCUGAUGUUACAACAGAUAAAGACCAAAAAACAAAGAAGCGUAAAAUAAGCAAAGAUGGAGAUGAUCAGUUCCAGAUUUCAGAAAAGCAGCAAAAACAAAAGAAGAAAUUGGUCAAAGGUCAGAAGGAAACCAAGAAGAAAUUAAAGAAGUCCAUUGGUCUUGCAGAUGAUGUUGAAGCAGAGAAACCAAAGUAUAAGAGGAAAAGGAAACUGGUUGGAGAGAGUGAAGAGUCCACUCCGACUAAACCCAAAAAACAACGACCGUCCAUUUGUCCUGAGACCGAGGGCUCUGGAAGUGAAGGACGUCCUGAUUCUCCGAGUGACAGUUUGGACGGGAUCAAGAAAGGAGAGCGGAAAAAGGAGUUUGUCUGCCAUAUGUGUGAGGGGGCAGGGGAGGAUCUGGUGCCCUGUGAGGGGCAGUGCUGCGGGAUGUUCCACCUCCAGUGUUUGGGACUGUCCCUUAAACCAGAGGACAAGUUGCUGUGUCCCGAGUGCAGCUCAGGGGUCCACUCAUGUUUCAGCUGUAAAAAUUCGGAUGGUGAGGUACGACGCUGUCAUGUCCCUCACUGCGGUAAAUUUUACCAUGAGGCCUGUGUCCGCCUCAGCCCGCUCACUGUGUUCGACAACAAGGGCUUUCGCUGCCCCAUGCACACCUGCAUCAGCUGCUACUACAGCGGCCAGUCCAAGCACCGCGCCAACAAAGGUCGGUUGAUGCGCUGUCUUCGCUGUCCUGUGGCCUAUCAUGUUGGGGACUUCUGUGUAGCUGCAGGAAGUGAGACCAUCACAAACUCUGCCUUGAUUUGCACAAACCACUACCACGCCAAGAAGAACCACAGCCAUCACAGCCACGUCAACGUCAGCUGGUGCUUCGUCUGCUCUAAAGGUGGACAGUUGCUGUGUUGUGAGUCGUGUCCCGCUGCUUUUCACCCUGACUGUUUGAACAUUGCGAUGCCAGAGGGGAGCUGGUUCUGCAAUGACUGUCGAGCUGGAAAAAAACCCAAAUACAGAGACAUUGUGUGGGUCAAACUGGGGACGUACAGAUGGUGGCCAGCUGAGAUCAACCACCCCAGAAACGUCCCGACAAACAUCCAGCACCUUCGUCAUGAGAUGGGAGAGUUUCCCGUUUAUUUCUUUGGUUCUAAGGAUUACUAUUGGACACACCAGGGCCGAGUGUUUCCCUAUGUGGAGGGAGACCGAGGCAGCAAACACCAGAGGAGCUCCAUCGGGAAGGUCUUCAAGAAUGCUUUGUUGGAAGCCGAAGAUCGAUUUACAGAAAUUAAGAUGAAACGCGAGGCAAAGGAGGCACAAGAAAACAGCCGAAAACCGCCACCAUAUAAAUUCAUCAAGGUGAACAGACCAGUGGGGCGGGUGCAGGUCUGCACAGCAGAUAUCUCUGAGAUCCCAAAGUGUAACUGUAAACCAUCAGACGAGCGUCCGUGCAGUUUUGAGUCGGAGUGCUUGAACCGCAUGCUGCUGUACGAAUGCCACCCACAGGUGUGUCCCAGUGGAGACCGCUGCUGUAACCAGGACUUCACCAAGCGCCUGUACCCCGACACCAAGAUCAUCAAGACCCCCGGCAAAGGCUGGGGGCUCAUCUCACUGCGGGAUAUCAAGAAGGGUGAAUUUGUGAAUGAGUACAUCGGAGAGUUGAUCGAUGAGGAGGAGUGUCGCUCAAGAAUUAAAUAUGCUCAAGAAAACAACAUCACCAACUUCUACAUGCUCACCAUCGACAAGGAUCGUAUCAUCGACGCAGGGCCAAAGGGAAACUACUCUCGCUUCAUGAACCACAGCUGUCAGCCCAACUGUGAGACGCAGAAGUGGACCGUGAACGGGGACACCAGGGUCGGGCUGUUUGCUGUGCGGGACAUACCAGCAGGGACUGAACUCACUUUCAACUACAACCUGGACUGCCUCGGGAACGACAAAAUGGUGUGUCGCUGUGGAGCCCCCAACUGCAGCGGUUUCCUAGGAGACAGACCCAAGAACUCCAAUGGGCAGCCUGCAGAGCCUAAAGUGAAGCGCGUCAAGAGGAAGUAUAAAAAGAGGAAAACCGACGGGAAAAAGUCUGAGGACGAGUGUUUCCGGUGCGGCGAUGGAGGACAGCUGGUGCUCUGCAAUAAGAAGCACUGCACGAAAGCUUAUCACCUGAGCUGCCUCAACCUCACCAAGAGGCCUUUCGGGCGCUGGGACUGUCCGUGGCACCACUGUGAUGUUUGUGGUAAAAACUCGGGGUCUUUCUGUCAACUCUGUCCAAACUCGUUCUGUAAAGCACACGAGGAGGGCGCCCUGAAACUCUGCUCCCCGACGGGACUGCUCUGCUGCAUGGACCACGAGGAGUCCGAGAUCCGCCAGAGACUCGAAACCAUCGUCGCCACUAAAGAGACCAAGCGCAAAAACAAAAUCUGCAGCAAAAAACCUCCCCAAAAAGUCCCCCGGAAAUAUAACAAGAAGAAAAAGGCAGCUGAGGCGUGACACCACCACAGACCACUUCAUUGACAAAUCAUACGGUAACACUUUAUCAUAGCUACACUUUAAUAAAGCAUGAACAAAUUGUUGAUGAAGAAUGAUUCAGGUUUAAGUUUUUGCAUUUACCGUAAGUAGUUACUACCUUCUAACCUGACCUCUUAAUUAAAGGUGCACUGUGUAACUUUUCUGGCGGAGGGUUCUUCAAAUACUUUUCUCCAUGGAGAUGUUAUAGCUUUGUCUGCAAUGUUUCACAGUAUGGCAUUAAACCUUUCUAUGAUCGUGGAGAUCAAACCAGGCCAACUUACUGGUCAAAUCUGUGGAGGGGCAACCCAGCUCAGCCUGUUUUUGAGCAGUUUAAACCAACCUGUAAUUGAAUACAUCAAAGGUAGAUCUGUUUUAUUGUCAUACUGUGGAACAUUUUAAGCAGAGCAAUGACAUAUCCAUAGAAACCCCCCAACCGAAAUGUUACAUGUAGCACCUUUAAGUAGUUACUAAGCCCUUUUUAAUAAACUAUUUGUUCAUUAUGAAUUAAGUCUUCAUUCUUGCUUUUUUGAGGCUAAUUAAAGUGUAGUUAUUAAUAUAGUGGUUCCAAUUAUACCAUCUCCAUGGCGACAAGUUACUGAACUGUGCCAAUUUUGAAACCAAGUUACCCAAGUUUCAUGGAUAAUAUAUCAGGUUUAGUUUCUGCACUGAGUAACAUCUGUGGUAAAGCACCACAAGCCUUAAGUGACACUGCAAUUUUUCUACCGUUGGACUUUGUUUUGGAAGUAAAUUUGAACAUUCUGAAGUAGCAACUGUCUAUUGGAUCAUUUUAAAACGUGAAGAUUACAACUGCGUGCUUCCAAUCUUAUAGCAGUAUUUGACCUAAAAAAAAAAAAAAAAAAAAAGUCUUAACACUUUAUAUUAAGAGGCAAAAUGUUGGAUUUCAAAUUAGCAUUCAUUGGUGCUGUUCAUUUCAGAUUUCCAAUGCAGGUCCACUGGUGUCCACUAGACGGUGCUAUUUCUCUACCACCAAACCAACUGCUUCACCGCUGACUUGAAUAAUUUUAUCUUUUAUUUUUAUCAAGAAACAAAGACCAAAUGCUGAUAAUAGACCAGGCCUUUUAUUUUUUAUAUGUAUAGUAAAGUUAUAUUGGACUGAACGACUAUGGAGACAGACACUAUGAGGCCAAUGUAGACUUUUACAAUUUUAUUUUAGUUAACAUUAUUUUAGAGUUAUUUUUAUGUCUUGAUGCUGAAAAUGGCAACUUGAACUACCUUAAGUAUUGGAACUAAUAUGUGAGGUCUGCAUACACUACUGGGAGAUUGAAACAGCUUCCUCCCUCUAUAACAAAUGAAGGAGUUUCUAUAUAGUUUUAUUUUAUUUUUUAUUUUUUUCAAAAGGUACAGUAUGUAACUAUUCACAAAAUGCCUGUUUUAAAUCAGAGUGUCAGUUUUAUUGCUACAGUUUUUGGUGCUUCUAUAAUGGCUGAUUCUGUUAAAAUAAGUGGUGUUCAAAAACAACAUCGAACUUGUUACUGUUUUUGUAUUGAAUCACAAAAAGCCCCUGGUCAUUUUGUGACAUUUUCCUUUCACAUUUGAGAAUUUCAGGAAAGUCCAGUACUAGAUUGCUAAUGUGUUCCCUAUAGUUGGUAAAGCAGCAGUUUAAGGAGCAAAAUGAGCCAUAACUGUUGAAAUAUCCUAACAUCUGCUAGUUCAAAAACGACAUCUUUAUUUUGCAACUAAUUGACUAAAACUUUCAGUAAGAAAAAAAUUUAGCUUUUUGUCUUUGGAAAUUGGAAACAAUUUCUAAAUCUAAAAUUGGUGUUGAUUUUGAGAUAACUUUUUAUUGGCAUGUGGCUCCUUGCUGAACAAAAAAAUCCCAUAUUAGCCCUGGCUCCUUUUUUUAAAAACAUUGAAUAUUUACUGUAGGGAAUUAUGUACCACUGAUCAAGCUUCAAGAUUGCAAACAUCAAAGUGUUUUUCAAUUCUUCUCAUUAUGUCUUUGUAUUAAUUUCUUUGAUGCAAACCAUUUUUGAGGCAGUUUUCUCUUGCCUUUUUAACUAUAUAGAAAAGAUUGAUAUGAUACAAACCGGUCUUCAUUGCAUUAGUCUUAUUUACAGUCAAAAGUUCCAAAUUUUUUCUGUACAUAUUUGAACAGAAGUGGUUAUUUGCAUAGUUUUUGUAACAAUCUAACCCCUUUGAGUGAAUGUAGUGAGUUUUCCUAAGCACUAUUUUUGCCUGUAGAAAAGUGUCAUGUAACUACUGUCAUAGUGAAACCCAGACUAAUGUGUACAUAAUGUAAAAGUGCCAAUAGUUGAGUCUUUAUUGUAAAUAUCCAACAGUUCUUGUUUUUGUUUUUUGGCGCAGUGCUCAAACACUUUGUGCAGGAUGUCAUUCUGAUGAAUCAUGCAAUAAAAAGUGGCCAAACAUUGA